UCGUGGUUUUGUGAUUUUUGUUGUUGGUAUUCCAUGUCAUAAUAUCAUAUAAAGCAGUGGGAGUUAAAGGUUAAUGUUCUUGUUCUGUGAUUGCCUUUUCUGGGCAUUUUGGAUUUCGGAGGUGGGGGGAGGAGCGGCAUUCCCGAGAGGACUCCGCGGGCAGAGGAAGGAGGGUGGAGCUCCUGCAGGAGCGCAGCCUCUGUACGGCUUGUGGAGUGUCGGUUUUCAUGGCCGGGAAGCACGUGGCUCCUUCUGCGCUACACAGCGUAAGACUUCGGCUUUGGGCUCUCUCUCAUUUUGUUUGAAUUUGUUGGACCUAGUAAAUAAACGUUCUUCUUCAGAUCGUUGCCACUGCUUUUCUUUUUAGAUUCAUUUGUUGUCUCCCUACACUUCCCGACCCGUCUCCACCUUUAGUGGCCCUACAGAGGCGCCAGCCUGUGAAUCACUCAAUAGUCACGAGUCUGGGCUGGGCAGGAGAAAACGAUUAGCAACUAUUUUAUCUCCUCUCCUUUGUUAUUGUUCCCUUUUUUUUUUUCUUCGGGCCUGUGUGCUCUGCCACAGACAAAGAUUCACAGAUAGGACCGUGACACCGUUUCAGGCUAUGUUCAUGCCACCCAUUGAUAAAACUGGGCAGAAAUAGCAGAGCUGGCACGGAACUGUUUGCUCUGGGAGUCAUGUAUCUAGAGCAGUAGUACACCGUUCUCUGAGGGCUUAGUACAGCCUCCUUUUCAGAACAUGCAUUGCACCACGCUGCUGCUUCCUUCCCAGCUAGAGUCCCCGCUCCCUUGUUGUGCAUGACACUGCCUUUCUCUUUCCUGAGAAUGGCUCUUUGCUCUUUUCUGCAGGGACAUUUCCCUUCCCUGUUUCUACCAGCUCCCCGAUUGUUCCGGUGGCCCCACAGCAAAGAGAAGAAAAAUUGCACUUCUCUGCAUUGUAUUCAAAAAAUUUUACCCUUGGUCUAUUCCUUCUCAAAAGGGAAACAAUAUGUUACAAAAAGUACAGAUGUUUUCAGGGUGUAAGGGGGAAAUGCCAUUCCCAGCACACCAACAAAACGGUGUAUAUGCUCAUAAUGUGAGGAAAUUCUUCCAGAUCCGGACAGCCAGGGAGCCCAAAGCUUCAUUGAAUGCUCCAAAGUCUCCUUUUUUGCUCCAGAUCCCUGUCCGUUUUCAGGGGUUACAGCCUCAUUCCGCGGCCCACCACCUCACUUUUAAGCCAUGACCCUCCAUGCUGAGGGCUCAAAGCUUCACUUGAAAAAUGCCGAGUCUCACUUCAGGGCCCAAAACUUCAUUCUUAAAACCCAGAGAGACAUUUCAGGAUUCAAAGUGUCCUCUUCAUUUGGAGGAUGAGCAGUGAGGGGCACUUGGCUUAGCCAGUGGGGAAAGGAGCGGCUCAGUGCAUGCCCGGAGGGGACAGGGGAUCCACAAGAGCAGCAGGAAGGCAAUAGAGGAGCGGUAAGCACUGGGCUAUGGAAACGCAGAGGGGAGAGCGUGCGACGAGGAGAGAGAUGAGCUUGGCCAUGGGAAGUGGAAGGCAUGUGAGCAUAUUGGAGGGAGCAGAGGCUAUGCCAGCAGCUCUAGGAAGGAGCAGAAAGGAUGUAAGCAUGCCUGGAAGGGAUGCUUAAGGGACUCAGCCAUCCCCAAAGGGGAAAGGGAGGAUGCUGGAAUGCUGCGUGAAGGAUGUGCCUGUGAACUAAGGGGACAAGGGUGACUCAGUGCUUGUAGCCAGGGUAGUAGAGAAGGCAUGAAGACACACCGCAGGGAACGGAGGGGCUCUGUGUGACAGCAAUGCAAGAGAUUUGGAGCAGCAAACUUGGGCGUCCCGUACUCCUGGAGGUAUGCAAGGGGUUGCUUCCUUUGGCCACGUCGCCCUGGUAAUGCAUACAUUUCAUGAACACAAGUGCCCUUCCCUCUGCCCCAAGGGCCUUACAAAGGGACCAUUGGUACUGCUAGCCCUGGCAACUGGCACCGCGUGUCACUUCACGUCACCAAGAGUCACUAAACCUUUUGUGAUGUCAUAAAGCGCUCAGCAGAACUGGGGCCCCACAGGCACAGCCCUCACAAACACAGUGUCUGCAGGUGCAGGUGCAGGUGCAGGUGCUGGUGCUGGUGCUGGUGCUGGUAUUGGUAUUGGUACUGGCAGUGUUGGCACUGGUGGCGGUGGUGCUGGUGGUGCUCGUGGUAGUGCCCAGUCCCGACGGAUCAUGGAGAAGAUCCGGAAGUUUUUCUGGAGAUUGAGAAAGACACGGAGAAGGUGCAGCGUUUGUGUGCACCCUACGGACUGCACAGAGCAGGAAAGCCAGGGAGAAGGCCCUUUGGAAUAUGAAGUCAAGCAGGCAGAGGGCAGCGCAGAUGGAGUAGCAGCGGCAACUUCAUCCCCGCUCCAUCUCUCCAACAUAGAUGGAGUGGCAGUGCAAACUUCUGAGCCGCUCAGUCUCUCCAACAGAGAUGGAGAGGCAGUGCAAACUUCUGCCCCGCUCAGUCUCUCCAACAUAGAUGGAGUAGCAGUGCAAACUUCUGCCCCGCUCAGUCUCAGCGAGACCUUUGAAAGACACUCAAGCUCAGCAAACGAUGCUAAGCAGGGAUUUAAGAGACAACUUGAGCCCUCCUGCGUAGAAAACCUCCCUGGGAACAUCUCUGAGUUGCAAAAGAGCAACAAGACCUUGCCUCAGCAGCAGAAGAAAUCCAGUAGCAGAGCUCACAGGCGAAAGAGACAACUGGAGCAAUGGGAAGAAGUGCUCGAGGAAAAGACAUUGCUUUUAGAAGCAAGAGAAAAAGCACUUCUCCAGGCCCGGAGGCAGACGAAGGAACGUCGUGCUUCAUACCUUGCAAAAGGUGAACCGAGAAAAAAAACUGCAGAGUGGGAAGUUCUGCAGGAACAAGUGGCCCAGCUCCAACGUGAAAACCUCUCACUGCGUCAGCAGCUGGAAGAUGCGCAGAAGACCAACGAGAGAACAGUUGGACAGCUGCAACAAGAACUUGCUGAGGCUGUUGGAAAGCAGCACGUCGCAGAAGCAUCCCUGAAAAUUUCUGCCGACUUGAGUGACUCACUGAAGAAAGAAAACUCCAAGUUGCAAGAGGAUUUGGACCAGGCUAAUGCCAAGGUGCGUGACCUUUAUGCGCAGCUGGAGUUGGAGCACUCAAAGUUGCUGCAGCAAAAAAGGACAAAUGAGGAGCUGCGAGUGAAGGAGGCUGUUCUCAAGCAGCGCUUAGAGGCUGUGGCGGAGGAUUAUAAAAUAUCAGCGUGGAUUGAAAAGAGGCGAGAAGAAAAAAUGCAAGAGAAACUUGCCGACAGUUCCAGAAAGCAGUCAGCUUCAGAAGCAUCUCUGAAGCGUUCUGAAGAUUACUGCCGUUACCUGGAGAACGACAUCUUGAUGCUGAAGGAAGCCUUGGACGAGGCUAAUAUCAAGGUAUGCAGUGCCUGUGAGCAUGUUGGCGUAGAUUAAGCUGUUCUUUUCU